AUGUCUGAACAAAAUAAUAGUGGAUCUGGUUUUCGAUCUGCUACAACAAAUUUGGUUUAUGAUUCCGCUUCUUCAACAAUGAAUUCUGAAGACCCUCCUUCUAUGUUUAUUCUUGAUGAUGUUAUUGAAGAAAGCUUAAAUGAAUGGAAAUUUAGCUUGAUUGAGAGAUUAGAUUUUGUUAAACUUAAGAUGAAUACUGCAGCUACUUUACUGAAACAACAAUGGUCUCUUAAGGGUUAUUUACAGUUCAUACUCUUAGGAAAAGGAUUCUUUAUCAUCAAACUAGAUAAUGAAGAUGAUAGAAAACAUAUUUGGCAAGGUUUAUGGAUGGUGGAAGAACAAACUCUGAAAAUUAGACCAUGGGAACCUAACUUCAAUCCUGAAACUCGGAAAACUUCAUUAGCUUAUGUUUGGGUCACUUUUCCUGGUUUAAGCAUUGAGUACUGGAAAGAAAGCAUUCUUCUACAGAUGGGAAACAAAUUGGGGAGAGCUAUCAAAGUUUAUGAAAUUACUUUAAAAAGAGAAAUAGGAUACUAUGCAAGUGUUCUAGUUGAAGUUGAUUUUGCAAAGUAUAUCCCAAGCAAAGUAGUUGUUGAGUACAAGUAUGGUAAAUUUGAACAAGCUGUUCAAAUCUCGAAGAAACCAAAAUUCUGCAAUCACUGUCUAAUUGUGGGUCACUUAACUGCUGAAUGUAGAAUCAAAAGAAGUGCAUGUUCUGAAAAACAAAGUGAAGUUGUGAAGGAAAAGGCAAAAAAACAAUGGAGAAAAAAAACUUCUCAAGUUCAAACUGGUUUUGACAUAUGCUUUACUCAAGUUGAGAAAGAAAAAGAUCACAUAAUUGAACAAAUUCAUGAUCAACUCUUAAGUGAUAAUGAAGAGAUUGAUGCAAUAAUACCUCCUAUUCAAAGUGAGCACUCCUCUGGUAGAUUCCAUAUCUUACAAAACCAAACUGAAGAAUUCAGAGGGUCUAUUAACUCACAUGAAGAAUUUCCAACUCUUUCAUUUUACAACUUCAGUCUAUCUCUCCAAAUACUAAAAUCUAAGGAAGCUGAAGAUUGUGUUCAAGUGAAACAUACUGAUUCAGAAUCUAUUCAACAUGCAGAAAGUACUUCUGGUACUAAGAAUGGAGAAGAAUUUAUUCAAAUCAAAACAAAAGUUGGAAAAAAGUCAAAUGUGAUUACCAGAACUCAUGCAGCCAACUUAAAUGCAAACUUCAGUAAAAAUGGCCAAGGAAACAUUUGGAUUCUAUGGAGCUCUUCAAUAAACACUCCAAAGAUUUUAUCAAGUACUUCUCAAGCAAUAACUGUGGAAGUUGGUGGGGCUGUAAUUACUGGAGUUCAUGAUGCCACUCUCACUGUUAAUAGAAGAGAAUUAUGGCAUGAAAUGGAAAUUGCAAGUACUUUAAAUAAGCCAUGGAUGGUCAUAGGUGAUUUCAAUACUAUACCAAGUGUUGAUGAAAAGAAAGGUGGUCUCAAUCCUCCGAAAAUAUCUAUGAGAAAAUUUAAUGAUUGUUUAAAUAAUUGUGGGCUUAUUCAAGCUCCUAAAAUAGGUUUGGAGUUCUCUUGGAGCAACAAUAGAGCAGGGAAAAAAAGAAUUCUCUGCAAUCUUGAUAGAUCUGUUUUCAAUGAUAAAUGGUUGGAAGAAUACCCUAGAUGGGGUUACAAAGUUGGUGUAAGAAGUAUAUCAGAUCAUGGAAUUCUUUAUGGUGCAAAUGCUGAAAUUCCAAAGCCCAAAAAUAUACCUUUUAGAGCUCUUAAGGUGUGGAAAUCUCAUUCUGAAUUCUUCAAGCAAAUUCAACUUUCUUGGUCUGCAAUGAUUAGAGGUAAUCCUACCUUCAUUUUUCUGAGUAAACUUAAAAUUCUAAAAAAAGAUAUUCAAGAGUGGAAUUGGAAUACAUUUGGGGAUGUUAAUAAAAAGCUGAAGCAAGUUGAGGAAAAUGUCUUUCAAGCCUCAUUGUUGUCUGAUAAAAAUACAGAAAACAUUGUUCUUUUGAAUAAUUUAGUUACAGCUAGAGAUAUUCCUCAACUGGUAAGUGCAGAUGAAAAUGCUUAUUUAGAUGCAGUUCCUUCUGAUGAAGAGGUGAAAAGAGCAGUAUUUGAACUUGACCCUGAUAGCUCACCUGAACCAGAUGGAUUUGCAGGAUGGUUUUACAGAUAUGCUUGGGAAAUAGUUGGCAAUGACCUCACAAAAGCUAUUCAACAUUGCUGGAGAUGUGGAUUUAUACCUCAGGGUUUUAAUGCUAACUUUUUAUUACUUCUUCCAAAAGUCAAAAAUGCAAAAAAAGCUUGUCAGUUUAGACCUAUUGGUCUAAUGAACUUCAGCUUUAAAGUGCUUACAAAGAUUAUAACUACAAGAUUUGGAAGUUUAAUUCAAAGAAUUGUAUCUCCUCAACAAGGUUCUUUCAUAAAAGGGAGAAACAUUCAAGAGCAAAUAAUUCUAGCCUCUGAACUAGUGAAUGAGAUGGAUGUUAAAAGAAGAGGUGGUAAUUUGGGCAUAAAAUUGGACAUCUCUCAAGCUUAUGACUCACCCAGCUGGGAGUUUCUGUUUCAAGUGAUGAGGAAAUUUGGAUUCUCUGAAAAAGGUGUUAAUUGGCUUCAUACUUUACUGCAAUCUGCAAGAAUAUCAAUACUUCUUAAUGGAGGGCCCGUGGGAUAUUUUCAAGUUGGAAGGGGUCUCAGACAAGGUGACCUAUUGUCUCCUCUUCUUUUUGUUAUAGCUGAAGAUCUUCUGAGCAGAGCAAUAUCAAGAAUGGUCAAAUCAGGUCAGUUACAACCAAUACUCUCCAGAAAUGGCAUCCAUCCAUCUCAUAUCUUCUUUGCAGAUGACAUUUUCUUGUUCUGCAUUGGAGAUAAAAGAAAUGUUAAAAAGCUAGCAACUUUACUCAAGGAAUAUCAAGAAGCCUCAGGUCAAAGUUUUAACUUGGCAAAAAGCAAAUGCUUCAUAGGUGGCACAAGUACAUUAAGAAAACAACAAAUUGCUUCUGAACGCAGAAUGCCACUCGCUAAUUUCCCAGACAAGUAUUAG